AUGGCAAAGAAAGCUAUUGAUUCGCGUAUCCCAGCACUUAUCAGAAAUGGGGCGCAGACCAAACAGCGAAGCUUCUUCGUAAUCGUUGGUGACAAGGCUCGUAAUCAAUUGCCCAAUCUUCAUUAUUUGAUGAUGAGUGCAGACCUGAAGAUGAAUAAGUCGGUUCUUUGGGCUUACAAAAAGAAGCUUCAAGGAUUCACUUCGCACCGCAAGAAGAGAGAAGCUAAAAUAAAGAAGGAAAUAAAGAGAGGUACCAGAGAAGUGAACGAACAAGAUCCUUUUGAAACGUUCAUCUCAAACCAGAGCAUUCGAUACGUUUACUACAAGGAAACUGAGAAGAUUCUCGGUAACACUUACGGUAUGUGUAUUUUGCAGGACUUUGAAGCGUUGACACCCAAUCUGCUGGCUAGAACGGUAGAGACGGUCGAGGGUGGUGGUAUCGUGGUGAUAUUGUUGAAAUCGGUGGCUUCGUUGAAGCAGCUCUACACCAUGACAAUGGAUAUUCACGCAAGAUAUAGAACGGAAGCACACAACGAUGUGGUUGCUAGAUUCAACGAGCGUUUCAUUUUAUCGCUAGGUUCCAAUGAAAACUGUUUGGUUGUUGAUGACGAAUUGAACGUUCUACCGAUAUCUGGCGGUAAAAACGUUAAGCCUCUCCCACCUAAGGAUGACGAUGAGAUUCCAGUCAAACAGCAAGAACUGAUGGAACUCAAGGAAUCGCUAGAGGACGUCCAGCCGGCAGGAUCUUUGGUCUCGCUUUCCAAGACUGUUAAUCAAGCCAAAGCAAUCUUGACUUUCAUUGAUGUUAUAUCUGAAAAGUCUCUAAACUCCACUGUCGCUCUUACCGCGGGUAGAGGUAGAGGUAAGUCUGCUGCAUUGGGUAUUGCUAUUGCGGCUGCUGUUUCUCAUGGAUACUCAAAUAUUUUUGUCACUUCUCCUUCACCAGAGAACUUGAAAACUCUUUUUGAGUUUGUUUUCAAGGGUUUUGACGCUUUAGGAUAUCAAGAGCAUUUGGAUUACGACAUCAUUCAAUCAACAAAUCCAUCAUUCAAUAAAGCGAUUGUGAGAGUGGAUAUUAAGAGGGACCACAGACAAACUAUUCAGUAUAUUGUUCCCAAUGAUUCACAUGUGUUAGGUCAAGCAGAAUUGGUGGUCAUUGAUGAAGCUGCAGCUAUUCCAUUGCCGGUCGUCAAGAAAUUAUUGGGACCUUACCUAGUUUUUAUGGCAUCCACCAUCAAUGGUUAUGAGGGCACCGGCAGGUCUUUGUCAUUAAAGUUAAUUCAACAAUUGAGGGAGAAUUCCGGUACCACUGGACGGGAGUCUUCUGAGACUGUUCUAAUUUCUAGGGACAAUCAGAAGCAAGACCGUCAAGUUUCUGGCCGUACCUUGCAAGAAGUUGUUCUGGACGAACCUAUAAGAUACGCACCAGGUGAUCCUGUAGAAAAAUGGCUGAACAAAUUGUUGUGCUUGGACGUGACUUUGAUCAAAAAUCCUAGAUUUGCUGCUCGAGGCACUCCACAUCCAUCACAAUGCAACCUCUUCAUAGUUAACAGAGAUACGUUAUUUUCAUAUCAUCCUGUUUCUGAGAGCUUUUUGGAGAAGAUGAUGGCACUUUACGUUGCGUCACACUAUAAGAAUUCUCCUAAUGAUUUACAGCUAAUGAGUGAUGCUCCAGCCCACCAACUCUUUGUAUUACUUCCUCCAAUUGAUCCAAAAGAUGGUGGAAGAAUUCCAGAUCCUCUAGUGGUAAUCCAAGUCGCCUUGGAGGGUGAAAUCUCCAAAGAAAGCGUUAGAAAUUCUUUAUCCCGUGGCCAAAGAGCUGGUGGUGACUUGAUUCCAUGGCUCAUUUCCCAACAAUUCCAGGACGAAGAAUUUGCGGGUUUAAGCGGUGCUCGUAUUGUAAGAAUUGCUACAAAUCCCGAAUAUUCCUCUAUGGGUUAUGGUUCGCGUGCUAUUGAAUUACUAAAAGACUAUUUUGAGGGCAAAUUUGCUGAUUUAAGUGAAGACAUGCGACCAAAGGAAUUCAGCAUUAAAAGAAUAGAUGAUAGCAGCCUGCAAAACACUAAUCUAUUGAAGGACGAAAUAAAGUUGAGAGAUGCCAAAACUUUGCCACCAUUGCUUUUGAAACUUUCUGAGCAACCACCACAUUACUUACAUUAUUUGGGCGUUUCAUAUGGUUUAACCAACACUCUUCAUAAGUUCUGGAAGAAAAAUCGUUUCAUCCCAGUUUAUUUGCGUCAAACGGCCAACGAUUUGACGGGUGAACACACCUGCGUUAUGUUGAAUGUUCUCGAAGGAAGAGAGUCGACAUGGCUUGCCGCAUUUGCCAAGGACUUUCACAAAAGAUUUUUAUCGCUACUUUCUUAUGACUUCAAGACAUUUACUGCUGUUCAAUCUUUGAAUGUGAUUGAAAGUGCAAAGAGGGCUAAAUUGUUAGAAAACGGAGAGGCUGCCAAUAUUUUCGAUACGAAAGAACUCGACAAGGAGCAACUCGAUCAAAUUUUCUCUCCCUUUGAUUUGAAAAGGCUGGAUAGUUAUUCAAAUAACCUUUUAGACUAUCACGUUAUUGUUGAUCUACUUCCGCUGCUGGCCAUAAUUUAUUUCAGCGGCAAAAUGGGAAAUGGUGUUAGUCUCUCUAGCGUCCAGAGCGCCAUUCUCCUGGCAAUUGGAUUACAACACAAAAGUAUUGAUGCUAUCUCCAGUGAGCUAAAUUUGCCUUCGAAUCAAACUAUAGCAAUGUUUGCCAAAAUCAUGAGAAAAAUGUCGUUACAUUUCCGAGAGGUACUUUCGUCUUCAAUUGAGAAAACCAUGCCAGAAUUGCGCGACGAGAAUGUUGCGGAAAUGGACGGCGAAGAAAUAAAAGCACUUGAUGCCGCUGAUGCCAUUCAACAGAUGGAAGAAGAUCUUGAAGAGGCUGGUACGCAAGCAAUUCAAGAUAUGCGAGAAAAGCAAAAAGAACUAAUCAACUCCCUCAACUUGGACAAAUAUGCGAUAGAUGAAAAUGCCGAGGAAUGGAAUGGUUCGAAAGAAGAGCUACAGAAAGCUGCUAGAAAUAACGGUACCGUUCAUGUCAAAACAAAAAAGAAGAGACAAUCUGAAACGGCUGAAGAUGUCUACAGGCAAGAAAUUAAUGCCUUGAAGAGAGCUAAAAGGAAAAGCAAGAAAUAA